AUGGGCUCCAUCACUCCUCUCGCUCAGUAUGCGGCUUUUAGCCAUCCCGACACUGGACUCGUUCGCAUCGGACACUACGACAUUGCCAAAGGCACCAUUCAACCUCUGAGCUUUGCGUCUGGUACGCCUGUGACGAGUCUCUACGAGGUGAUCGCCGCAGGCGUGUCUCGGAUUAUCGCCGACGGUGAACCCGUGUCUGCCAAGGACGUCAAGGUUCUGCCGCCGAUUUCCGGCCGAGACAUUCUUGCCGUGGGCAAGAAUUACAUGGAGCACGCCAAGGAGUUUAACAGCUCUGGUUUUGACAGCUCUGACAAGACUGAUCGGCCCAGUCAUCCUGUUAUAUUUACCAAGAGGGCUACGUCUAUCAUUGCGGAUGGAGAGGAGAUUCUGCCUCAUGCCGAAUUUUCUUCGACUAUCGACUAUGAAGGAGAGAUUGGUGUCAUCAUCGGAAAGGCUGGUUAUCGUGUUUCAGAGGCUGAUGCGUGGGACUAUGUUUGGGGUUACACCAUUAUCAAUGACAUGACUGCUCGCGAGCGUCAACGUGACCACAAGCAGUUUUUCAUUGGAAAGUCUCCCGAUACUUUCUGUCCUAUUGGACCCAUCGCUGUUCCCAAGGAGUUUUUGCCCUCAACUCUGAAGGUUGAGACCAAGGUGAACGGAGAGCUCAGACAGAGUGCCACCACUGAGGAACUCAUCUUUUCGAUUCCUACUCUGAUCAAGACGAUCUCUGAGGGUCAGACCCUACAGCCUGGUGAUGUGAUUGCUACUGGAACCCCCGCCGGUGUUGGUAUUGGAAAGAAGCCUCCGGUCUACCUCCAACCCGGAGACGAAGUUGCCGUCUCAGUCACCGGCCUUGGAACGCUCACCAACAAGAUUGCCUCUCCUGAGGCUGUCAACCCUACAGUCCAGCAGGUCACCUCCAACCUGCCCUUCCAAGUCACAAACUCGGCCAAGACUCUUGGUGUCGGUGUUGGACUCACGCGAUUGAACAGCAAGUCACUCCACUACCAAAAGAUUGGAUCUGGAAGCAACAAUAUUGUCUUUGUGCACGGUCUUGGUGGAACUCUGGAUUACUGGACGCCUUUGAUUUCGCGCCUCUCUCUCGCCGAGGAAAACACCCUCCACCUCUUUGACCUUGAAGGCCAUGGUCUCAGCACGACUCAUCCAUUGAGCAUUCUGAGCCUUGAGUCCUUUGCCUCCGACAUCAAGUCAAUCUUUGAUACCGCUGGCGUCACAACCUCAGCACCAGCGACGCUGUUUGCACACUCGCUCGGAUGCCUGGCGUCCCUCAAGUUUACAAUUGACAACCCUGGCCUUGUCAGCAAGCUUAUUCUUGUUGGGCCUCCUCCUUCUCCUCUACCAGAGGCUGCCUCAAAGGGCGCUUAUGCUCGUGCUGCUCUUGUGAGAAGCAAGGGUAUCCGAGCCGUCGUUGAUGCUGUUGUCGACGCAGGAACAUCCAGUCACUCCAAGAAGGCAAACCCAACUGCCAUUACCGCAGUUAGACUCAGCCUUCUCGGUCAGGAUCCUGAAUCUUAUGCCAAGGCCACUUGGGCUCUUGCUGGAGCUACUCAAAAGCUCAACGUCGAGGCUAUUGAGGCCAAGACCUUGAUCGUUACUGGUGAUGAGGAUAAGGUGUCGCCGCCUGCGCUGGUUGAGCAGUAUGCAGGACGGAUCAAGGACUCCAAGGCUGUCAUAUUGAAGAAUGUAGGCCACUGGCAUGUGUUUGAAGACGUGGAGGGAGUUGCCGAGGCCGUGGGCGAGUUUUUGAAGUGA